AUGGGCGCGUCGCAGUCGACUGGAGGCGGGGACCAACCUGGGGUUCGUGGUGGCGGCGACGUCAAGACAAGCUACUAUGAGCUGCUGGGCGUGGAGCGGACUGCGACACAAGAAGAGCUCAAGAAGGCCUAUCGCAAGAAAGCGCUCGAACUCCACCCUGACCGCAAUCAUGGCGACACGGAACGCACCACCGCCCUCUUCGCCGAGAUCCAGUCCGCCUACGAGGUCCUCUCCGACGACCAGGAGCGCGCCUGGUAUGAUGCACAUGAAGGAGACAUCUUGCGCGGUGGCAGCGGAGAGGGAGCGACAGAGGACCACUACCAGGGCAACAUGCGCGUCACCACAUCCGACGACCUGGCGUGCAUGAUGGGCAAGUUCAGAGGCAACGUCGACUUCUCCGACUCGCCAAAUGGCUUCUUUGGCUUCGUGAGGGAAACCUUCGAGCAACUUGCCAAGGAAGAAGAGUAUGCGGCAGACUACGACGACAUCGACAUACCAAACUAUCCUUCCUUUGGCCACAAGGCUGAUCACUACGACGAUGUGGUGCGCAACUUCUACUCGGCAUGGAAUGGCUUCGCUACCGCCAAGAGCUUUGCAUGGCUCGACGUGUACCGCCUGUCAGAUGCGCCAGACCGUCGCACUCGCCGUAUGGCCGAGAAGGAGAACCUAAAGUACCGUGAGGAUGGCCGGCGAGAGUUCAACGACGCUGUCAGGACACUGGUGGCCUUUGUACGCAAGCGCGACCCGCGAUACACACCCAACAAACAGUCAGAUGAAGACAAGGCAAAAGCACAACGCGAUGCGAGGAAGGCGCAGGCUGCACGAGCACGAGCAGAAAAGCUAGCAAAGCUGGAGCAAGAAGCCCAGGCUUUGCCGAGCUGGGUUACAGCACGUCCUGCUGAUGAGCUGGAGGACGAGUCCGAGGAAGAGAUAGAAGAGGAGCACUACGAAUGCGUAGCCUGCAACAAGACAUUCAAGAGCGAGCGCCAGUACGAGGCGCACGAGAAAAGCAAAAAGCACCAAAAGGCAAUCCAGUCGCUGAAGAGAAAGAUGCAAAAGGACAAUGCGCACCUCAAUCUAGACGAGGAUGGUAUUAGCAGUGGAAUCAUAACGCCUGCUGAUGAUGACCUUGGAACAGACAUCAUCGGCUCUGAUGAAGAUGGCCUUGACGAUAAUACACAAGACCUUGUAGAAAAGACAAAUGAACUCAACACAGACAAUGGCAGUACAGACAAUGAAAAAGAUGUGGAUAUACAGGAUCCUGAAGAAGAGGACAACGAUGAGGAUGAAGAGGACGACGAAUACGCCUCACGCUCUGAUAUCGAGGCCCGACUCGCUGGCUUCAAGAUUACCAACACAUCCACAGCGCGCACUGACACUGAGAAGUCUAACGCGGACCCCAUCGACGUCGCACAACCCGAAGACAUGACUCCGCAGGAACCAAAGCUGGGUAAGGCCGCGCAGAAGCGAGCCAAGAAGGCAGCAAAGCAAGCCGAAGAGAAUUCGUCGGCGGAACCCAGAAACAAGUGUCUGGGCUGUGACGCUACUUUCCCUUCCAAGUCGCAGUUAUUCGACCAUCUCCAAGAUCACCCAAAGCAUGUGGCAUUGAAGACGGUAAGAGGCCCAAGUAAGAAAAAGAAGGGCAAGCGAUAG